GACGAGGAAGUCGCAAAGUGGAUGGACAGCGCUUUUGCCAUGGCAAAAGAGGCCCUGGAGAAGGGAGAAGUUCCAGUGGGAUGUUUGAUGGUUCACCAAGACCAAGUGGUCGGAAAGGGAAGGAACCAGGUCAACCGGACCAAAAAUGCCACCCGGCACGCGGAGAUGGUGGCUCUGGACCGGCUCCUGGAUUGGUGUCGCCGCGGUAACCGCGACGUCCGGAGCGUGUGCGAGCGGACGGUUUUGUACGUGACGGUGGAGCCCUGCAUCAUGUGCGCCGCCGCGCUGCGCCUCAUGAACAUUUCCACGGUGGCGUACGGCUGCGGGAACGAGCGCUUCGGAGGGUGCGGCUCCGUCCUGGACGUGGGCUCGGCCCGCUUGCCUCGCACCGGAAACUCCUUCAAGUGCGUCUCAGGCCACAGAGCGGACGAGGCGGUGGAGAUGCUGAAGCUCUUCUACAAGCAGGAGAACCCCAACGCCCCCAAACCCAAAACCAGAAAGGAGUGA